AUGACCAUCAAGCCAAAGAAGAAGGUUACUAAAGAGAAAAAUGAUUCGGAAACUCCAGAUACUCAUACAGCAGUUGGACAUUCCCACCAACAUGGACAUGGGCUGACCCAUCAACAUGCUCACGGCCUGUAUCACCACAGCAGCAACCCUGAGAAUAGACUAGAGAAAGGAAAUCGUGUACGGACGUCGUCGCCCACAAGGUGGAUUCCAACCACUUCGGCCAGGGAUGAACUUGCCCAUUCUCAUCCAACAUUGACACAAAACCUGUCUGCUAAUGCAUCUUAUGAAUUUGAUGGUCAUGAAACUUCUUCUAACCAUAAAAGACGUCAUCGAUCGUCCCCGCAUAGAACAGCUAGGAAACAUCGUAGCCAUACUUCCAGUGUGAUCCCCAGUGCAGGCAAUGUCACUGGCAACUCCAAUAAUAUUGCUCCACUUAGUGGCAGCGUCGAUGAAUGCGGAGAGGAGUACAAUAGUGAAGAGGAGCACAGUCAACCACCAGAUGUUCCGGAGAAUAUUACAGAGCUGGAGCAGUGGUUUGAGCAAGCUCUGAAGGAGAAGAAAGGAUUCGUAAUAAAGAAGAUGGGUGAAGAUGGUGCCUGUCUUUUCAGGGCUGUGGCGGACCAAGUUUAUGGGGAUCAAGAGAUGCAUGGAGUUGUGAGGAAGCAUUGUCUGGAUUACAUGUCCAAGAAUGCAGAUUUCUAUUCCCAAUACGUGACCGAGGAUUUCACCAUGUAUAUCAACCGUAAACGUAUGGAUUCCUGCCAUGGCAACCACCUGGAGAUUCAGGCAAUGACUGAGCUGUUCAACAGGCCUGUUGAAGUCUAUCAAUACAGUUUAGAACCAAUGAACACCUUUGAUACAGCCUACAAAACAGACAAUCCACCUAUACGUUUGAGUUACCAUGGCAAUGUGCACUACAAUUCAAUUGUGGAUCCUUAUUCAGCUUCCAUUGGCGUAGGACUAGGACUGCCAGGUUUACAGCCAGGGUCGGCAGAGAGGAACCUGAUGCAUGAAGCCAUCAAAAGCUCGGAGAACUUCCAUAUAGAAAAGACUAUGCUAGAAGACAAAUUGAGAGAGACUGACUGGGAGGUAACCCAAGACACCAUUGAAGAACAAGUUGCUAGAGAAUCAUAUCUACAGUGGCUGAGAGAGCAAGAGAAGGCUACCAGGAGAACUAAAGGCAGUGCUAAAACAGCCAGUGCCACCUGCAGCUCCUCCAGCGACCUCAGCCACAGUAACCUAGGGGAAACUGGACCAGUGAGAUCACCCAGACAGCUUCGAAGUGGCAACAGUAGCCCACAACAGCAGCAGAUUGACGACCAGUUUGUUUCCCUGCCUGGUUCAUCAAAAUCACCACGGCAUAGCCCUCCACAGAGUUUAGCUGGUGGUACAUCCAAUGCCAGCGUAGAUGGUGCUUGCUCAGGGCUCAGUGAAACUGCCUCGUAUGUGGAUUACCUGCCACCGGCUAUGUAUGGUCUGUCCGACUGGAGUGAAGAAGAUGUCCUAGCACAAGUCAUAGCUCAGUCACAGCAGGAGUACCUGGAUUCCCUCAAGAAGAAAGCCACCUGUCCUUCAUCUUCCUCCUCCCACUACCCUUCCACCUCUGCCGCCUCCUCGUCUGCUUAUGCUGGUGCAGACGUCGCAGGUUACAGCGGCGCCUCCACGUCCUCCAGCUAUGGCAUGAACUCCCACAAGCACCCUGGUGCUAAAAGCUAA